CAGUCAGUCAACCACCUGGCUAGCUAGCUGAUGAUUGACACAGACUGUAGUAAAUCUACUCAGAACAUCUUCACAUCACCUCAAAAGGAGUAUGGCCAAGCAAACUGAUGACAUCAUCUCGGUAAAGGGUCACACCUUCCCUGACCAUACCUUUCAUCAUUAUUCAGAAAUGAAUCUAGACAGGAUCUACAUGGAUUACAAUGCUACUACUCCGCUGGAACCAGAAGUGAUCCAGGCCAUUACUGAAGCCCUGCAGGAAGCCUGGGGAAACCCGAGUAGCAACUAUAUAGCAGGUGCCAAGGCCAAGGCAAUCAUUAAUCAGUCCAGAGAGAAUGUGGCAAGAAUGGUUGGCGGGAAAGCAGAGGACAUAAUUUUUACCUCAGGUGGAACAGAGGCCAAUAACCUGGUGCUCCACACUGCUGUAGAGCACUUCAGGAGAAACUGCAGGGCUGCAGAGGAAGGUGAAGGCCACCACAAUGGAUGCACCGGCCUUCCUCACAUUAUCACCUCUAAUGUGGAGCAUGACUCGGUCAAACUAGUAGCUGAGCACCUGCAGAGAGAUGGCAAGGCAGAUGUUACAUAUGUGCCUGUCUCUAAGACGACAGCCCGUGUAGAGGUGGAGGAUAUCAUUGCUGCAGUGCGUCCCAACACUUGUCUCAUCUCCAUCAUGCUGGCCAACAAUGAGACAGGAGUCAUCAUGCCAAUCCAAGAGAUCUGCCAGAGAAUAAAAUCUCUCAACAAGCAGCACCGGCGGCUCAGGAUCCUGCUCCACACCGAUGCGGCCCAGGCUCUGGGGAAAAGCCGAGUAGAUGUCUGUGAACUGGGCGUGGAUUACCUGACCAUAGUGGGACACAAGUUCUACGCCCCUCGGAUCGGUGCACUGUAUGUGAACGGCCCUCAGACGGAAACGCCAUUGUACCCGAUGCUGUUUGGAGGAGGGCAGGAGAGAAACUUCAGACCAGGCACUGAAAACACACCGAUGAUCGCCGGUCUGGGAAAGGCUGCAGAGCUGGUGACCUCUAAUCUGUCAGAUUAUGAGAGUCAAAUGCGAAGAACCAAACUUUACUUGGAAGAGCGACUGCGGGCCGUCUUUAAAGACAGGAUCCACUUCAACAGCCACUACCCCGGCUCUGAUAUCCUCCCUAACACAUGUAAUGUGUCUAUCUCGGGCCCAACAUUACAAGGCUGGAGGGUAUUGUCCAACUGUAGGAGGCUGCUGGCCAGUGUCGGCGCCGCCUGCCACUCAGACAGCGGAAACAGGCCUUCCCACAUCCUUCUGAGCUGCGGCGUCCCCUCUGAGGUGGCAGCCAACGCUUUGAGGCUGAGCGUGGGCAGGGGGACGACCAAAGCAGAUGUGGACGCAGUUGUGGAGGACCUGAGGGAAACCGUGCGGCUGUUGGAAGAAAUGAACUGAUGGACUUCAUGUGCUCAAGCUGAAGUUACCCUGCAGGUCAAAUAAGGAUGUACAGAAUUAAAAACACGCCAUAAGUGUUUGUUGUUACAGGAAACAAACCAGUUAAAAUGAAUGAAAUAUAUUUAAUAUAAAUAAUAAAAAGGGAUGAAAGUGAUGUGACCUGAGGGGUGAUGUUAUGGAGAGACGUGCACUCAGCGUCCAUCACGUCAUGUGAGUAGCUAAUCAGCUAAUUGAAGUCAGGCUGACAUGUAUGAGUGUUAUUGAAAUUAAAUAUUAAUAUACACUUUAAAAAAACAAAACAAAAAAAAUUCACUGAUCUAAUCAGCCACGAAAUAUUCUGUGUAUUUUAUAAUCUUGCAAAUCCAUCCGCCUUUUAGACCAUCCUCACUGGGAGGAAUUUUUAAAAACUACUUGUACAAAAAUAAAUAGAUAAAUAAAAUA